AAGCGGCUUGCAGGGGGCGUCCCUCCCCUUUAAGGGUCGCCGUCGCCGGGUUGAGUGCAGAAGCCCCGCCGGGGAGCUUGCAGCCGAACCGGUCGCUGCGACACCCGCGCCGCGAGGAGCAGCAGCAGCAGCAGGAAGGCGGACCACGCAGCAGCAGCAGCUGCGGCAGAUGCGCCGAGGAGCCGGCGGCGGAGGGAGGCCUGGGCUGCCUCGCCCCUCGCCCGCCUCCCUCCGCCUCGCCGGCUCCAUCCUUGCCUGAGCGCGGCGCCGCCUCCCUUCCGGGGCGCCCGGAGCAACCGCCCCGCCGCCCCUCCACCGGGGGGCUCGCGGAAAGCCUGUCCCCGGAGCGCCUGGGCCAGCGAGCCAGGAAGGACCCCCGCCGGCCCGGCCCGGCCCGGCCCGGCCCAGCAUGCGGCGGCUCCGGAGGCUCGUGCAGCUGGUGGUGUUCUGCCCGCUCUCCAAGGGCCUGCAGAGCCGUCUUCCUGGCAUCAAGGUGAAGUACCUCUUCUUUGCCUGGCUGGGCGUUUUUGUGGGCAGCUGGAUGGUCUACAUGCAUUAUUCGUCGUACUCUGAGCUCUGCAGGGGACACGUCUGCCAGAUGGUCAUUUGCGAUCAGUAUAACAAAGGGAUCAUUUCGGGAUCAGCAUGCAAGGACCUUUGUGAGGACCACACGCUGGUGUUUGAGCACUGCUUGUCACCUUCCCCCACCCAGCAGGUCUACAGCGGCCUCUGGAAGGAGAAAGAGGUGGUGAUCAAAUGCGGCAUUGAAGAAGCCCUGAAGGCCGACAGCAACCCAGAUGCAGACCCCAGGAGAGACAUGGUUCUCUUCAGCAAACCAACAAGGGGAACAUCGAUGGAUGAAUUCCGGGAGAUGCUUCUCAAUUUCUUGAAAGCUGGUCUUGGGGAUCAGGUGUCCCUCACAAACUUAGUGAACCAAAUUAUUGCCAUGGCUGACGUCAGUCGGGACGGGAAGCUUUCUCUGGCUGAAGCGAAAUCCAUCUGGGCCCUUCUCCAGCUGAAUGACUUCCUACUGACCUUCUCUCUGCAGAAGAAGGAGCAUGCCCCCAGGCUGCUGGGGCACUGCGGAGAUCUCUAUCUCACAGAGAAGAUCCACCACACGUCCCUCUACACCAUGGACGUUCCUCCGUUUUUGCAGCCACUGUUGCCUUCUGUUGUCCUCAGAGUCAUCCGCCAGUGGUUCUCCCCUGCCUGGCCGCGGCGAGCCAAAAUUGCCAUUGGACUUCUGGAAUUUGUGGAAGAGAUCUUCCACGGGACCUACGGCAACUUCUACAUCUGUGAGACUGGCUUCACAAACAUGGGCUACAACAACAAAUAUGACUUCAAAAUGGUGGAUCUCAGGACAGUGGCCACGGAGACGACCAUCCAGGGGUUCCUUAAGGGCCGUCACUGUGAGCAGAACAUGGACUGCACCUAUGGGAAGGACUGUGUGGCGCCGUGCGAUAAGCUCAUGAAACAGUGCAAGAGCGACGUGGUCCAGCCCAACCUGGCAAAGGUCUGUGGCCUUCUGCAGGAGUACCUGUUGCACGGGGCCCCAAGCGACUUGAAGGAGCAGCUGCAGAAACAGCUGAAAACAUGUACCACUCUCAGCGGCCUUGCAAGCCAAAUGGAAGUGCAUCACUCGCUGGUACUGAACAGCCUCAAGACCCUCUUGUGGAAGAAAAUUUCAAAUACCAAAUAUUCCUAGAGGCACCUGGGGUGCCUGAGAGGGGACAAAGGCCAGCCACAGUGGCUCCCCUUCACCUCAUCUCGGGCCAGGCCUUUGGGUGAGCAGCAGCCUCUGCAAACUUUGUA